UCUCAGAGUCUACUGAAGAUAUCGAUCAAGAGUUUCGUGGUGCUUCUGUGAAUGGGGAAGUCGAUCCACGCCAUGGUUUUGCUUGUCCGCCUAGGCCGCAUACUGAGCGAAGAGUCACAAGACUGCACAAGCGAAGCACCAAGAACAAAGUAGACGUGUUGUUCUUGCGGAAAGAGACUUUUUCGUGCUCAGCUGAUGAGGGAUAUACACCACACCCCGCACCUCAAGAUUUACCUGCACUCAUUGUGGUCCCCAGACGGUUGUCCCGGCGCCUCAAGUCCAAACAUCCACUUGCCCUUACUAUACCCGUAUACCCCGCGUCAUCAUCUGCUGUCUCCAUCGAGACCCCGGGUACUGGGUGAAUUGCUUCCCUGUUCCUCCUCGAUACUUACAUAUUUGUGCCUGCGACUCUGUAUCGCAUCGCCCGCGCGUAGUGCCUUCAUAAGUGUCCAUUUGCUCGUUGUAGAAGUGCUCUUUGGCUAGUACUUCCUUGUAGUGUAGUAGCUCCUUUGGCAGCUCCACCAAGUACCC